AUGAUAAAAGAGCCAUUUCAAAACAGCGUGUCUGUUGUUGCGUAUGCGCCUUGCUGCCCACCUUCUGUCCACGCAGAGCUCUGCAGGCAGAGGUUGUGUCUUCAUUCUUUCCGCCAUCUUGAUUCUUUCUCACUGAUUGAGACGCAGCCGGUAGGUCCGCAGAGCGGUCUUCCUGAGAAUUUAGUUGUGAGUGAAUGUGUGGAGGAGCCAGCGUUAGGACAGGUCCUGCAGCACAGUCCGUGGCUUCUGAGGGAAAAGGGCCUUGCAGUCAUCGUCCAGCUCCUCCUAGGUCGCCAUGCCACCAUGGGACUUGUCUUUGUGGCUCGGCUGGAACGAGGGAGGAACGUGGGCCACAGAGGGGAGGGAUCACGUGAAGAUGGGGUAGGGGCGCGGAAAGGGACAGCGUGUUCGGUAAGGAAGGGGCCUGGGAACUGUGGGCUGGUGACUGCGGCCCUGAGGUCUGUAGAGUGCCUGGCAGAGGUGUCCCGUGAGGAGCAUAACAUUCACUCUGUUUCACAAUUUCUCACCUCCGCUGUGAACGUCAUGGGAAGGAAUGGGAGCACUGCUGGUUUAGGUUCUCCACAGAGGCAGGAAAACUUCAGUCUGGAGGCGAAUGCCCUCCUCAGUGCGCAUGUUGCACAGACCUGUUGCUGCGCAUGUCUGUUGCUAGGCGUGUCUGUUGUUGCGUAUGCGCCUUGCUGCCCACCUUCUGUCCACGCAGAGCUCUGCAGGCAGAGGUUGUGUCUUCAUUCUUUCCGCCAUCUUGAUUCUUUCUCACUGAUUGAGACGCAGCCGGUAGGUCCGCAGAGCGGUCUUCCUGAGAAUUUAGUUGUGAGUGAAUGUGUGGAGGAGCCAGCGUUAGGACAGGUCCUGCAGCACAGUCCGUGGCUUCUGAGGGAAAAGGGCCUUGCAGUCAUCGUCCAGCUCCUCCUAGGUCGCCAUGCCACCAUGGGACUUGUCUUUGUGGCUCGGCUGGAACGAGGGAGGAACGUGGGCCACAGAGGGGAGGGAUCACGUGAAGAUGGGGUAGGGGCGCGGAAAGGGACAGCGUGUUCGGUAAGGAAGGAGCCUGGGAACUGGGAACGCUGUGGGCUGGUGACUGCGGCCCUGAGGUCUGUAGAGUGCCUGGCAGAGGUGUCCCGUGAGGAGCAUAACGUUUACUCUGUUUCACAGUUUCUCACCUCCGCUGUGAACGUCAUGGGAAGGAAUGGUGGGAAAUAUGAGCAUGUAAGAACAAGAUCCCAAUCCUCAGAAAGAGGAAAUGACCAAGAGUCUUCCCAACCGGUUGAAUCUGUGAUUGUCCAGCAGCCCGCUGAGGAAAAACGUCAAGAAGAGGAAGCACCAACUGAAAAUCAGGGUAUUGCACCUAGUGGGGAGAUCGAAAAUGAAGGAGCACCUGCUGUUCAAGGGCCUGAUGUGGAAGCUUUUCAACAGGCACUGGCUCUGCUUAAGAUAGAGGAUGAGCCUGGAGAUGGUCCUGAUGUCAGGGAGGGGACUCUGCCCACUUUUGAUCCCACUAAAGUGCUGGAAGCAGAUUCUUUGAAGGUAGUUCACACCCCAAAUGGCUGCCUUACACACUAUUAG